UGUGUGGAUGGGGCAUUAGUUCAUCUAGGGUCAAUGAGGUGACCAUAGACAGCAAUACAUUAAACUUCAAAGUUCUUUUUGACAACCUUUUCUUUCUGACCCAGACAAGAUGGGUAUCAGCCGCGAUCACUGGCAUAAAAGGCGAGCUACGGGCGGUAAACGCGCCCCAAUCCGCAAGAAGAGGAAGUACGAGUUAGGUCGCCCGGCUGCAAACACCAAACUUGGACCUCAACGUAUCCAUUUGGUGCGUUCUCGUGGUGGAAAUACCAAGUAUCGUGCUUUACGUCUUGACACUGGAAACUUCGCUUGGGGUUCCGAAUGUGCCACUCGCAAGACCCGUAUCAUUGAUGUAGUAUACAAUGCAUCUAACAAUGAGUUGGUGCGUACAAAGACCCUGGUCAAGAACGCAAUUGUGGUGGUUGAUGCAACACCCUUCAGGCAGUGGUAUGAAUCCCACUACCUUCUCCCUCUUGGUAGAAAGAAGGGUGCCAAGUUGACUGAAGCUGAAGAAGCCAUCAUCAACAAGAAGAGAAGUAAAAAGACAGCAAAGAAGUACUUGUCAAGGCAGCGCCUUUCCAAAGUUGAAGCUGCUUUAGAAGAGCAAUUCCACACUGGACGUUUAUUAGCGUGUGUAGCGAGUCGGCCAGGCCAAUGCGGACGGGCUGAUGGUUACGUGCUUGAGGGCAAGGAACUUGAGUUCUACUUGAGAAAGAUCAAAUCUAAGAGAGCUAAGUGAGAAGUGUAAUUAAAUAAUGUAAAAACAA